GGGAGAGUAAAUACAGAAAUCCCCAAGAUGGCGGAGUCACUGAGCUUCAUUCACUUUGGUGCAGCGACCAAAAGCCCGCUCGCCAAAUCUAGAGAACCGAAACUAGCGUCGGACACCCGGCCGCAGUCUUCCCGGGACAUUCACCCGCCGCCGCCCAAGCGAGUCCGAAACGAUGAGAAGAGCCUUAAACCUAAUAAACUAAAUGGGGAAGGAGGUGGCGGCGCAGUGGAGAAGCAGCACCAGAAGCAGAGUUCAGGCAACCCGAUAACAUGGACCUUCAGCCCCGUCAAGGCGAGCAGCAACCCCUCGGCGCCCCUCCAGCCUCCCAUUCACACAGUGUUCAAGCAGAGCGCUUUCCUCGCCUCCCAUACCAAACCACCAUCCAAAAAGCCCAAGGAAAAACGAGAGAAAGAGAAGGAUUUCAAGGAAAAGAAGAAACAUAAACCAGUCCCUGGUACUCCUGGAAAUAUUAGCAGCAGUCUGAGUAACGUCACUACUGUAAUGAAGAAGGAGAACGGGGAGAUGAAGUUGGUACAAAAAGACCACACCAGUAAGGACAAGACGAAGAAGAAGAAGAAACACAAAGUGAUGAAUGAGAUCAAGAGGGAGAACGGAGAGGUGAAGCUCCUUCAGAAAGACAAGCAGAAACCCAAAAUAAACUCAGAGGAGCUCCAGAUUAAAAAGGUGAAGAAGAAAAAGAAGAAGAAACACAAAGAGAGUGAGAGAGAGAAGGAGAAGUGGAAACGGACCAAGAUGUACAGCAGGUCCAGCCAGACCGUGUGUGCUGGUCUCCUCUCUGAGCUCCACGCAGGCCUGGCCUCCAAACAACACCACCACCACCAACACCACGGCCACACAGAGUUCAAACCCCCGCUCCCCGUCCACCACCACCACACCUCCACCACCUCAUCCAUCAAACAGGAGAACUGCUACAGCCCCUCUCCAACUCUGUCCCUCUCCAAGCCCCUAUGGAGCAGCAGCAAUAGCAGUAGCAGUAGCAUUAGCAGUUGGGACCCAGCUUCCCCCAUGACCUCCCCUCUCCAGAUCCCCCAGCCACGGUGCCCCCAGCCUGGCUUUGAGAACCUGGAGUUCGCCCGCUUCAUCCACGUAGAGGAACAACCCAACGGUGGAGCCCUGGUGGCACACGCCUACUGCAGCGAGCUCUCGGCCCUGUCUCCAGCAGAGAUGCAGCAGUUCGCCCAGGAGUUUGUUACCCUAGCCUUCAGUGAGGACGCGUCAUCCCAGGCAGCUCAUUACGUCAUGGGCAUCAUCCACGCGGCCUCCUACCUGCCAGACUUCCUGGACUACUUCUCCUGGAAGUUCCCCUCGUCGCCGGUCAAGAUGGAGAUCCUGGGGAAGAAGGAUAUAGAGACCACCACUAUGCUCAACUUCCACAAUCAGGUAAAGAGAACGUACAGCCACGGGACGUACCGGGCAGGUGCCAUGCGUCAGAUCAGUCUGGUGGGGGCAGUGGACGAGGAGGUGGGGGAUUACUUCCCAGAGUUCAUCUCUAUGCUGGAGGAGUCGCCCUUCCUAGAGCGGACGUUACCGUGGGGUACGUUCUCCAGUCUGAAGCUGAAGAGUCCAACAGAGAGUGAUGACGGGCCCAUCAUGUGGGUACGACCUGGGGAACAGAUGAUCCCUGUUGCUGACAUACCAAAGUCUCCCUACAUAAGGAGAAGGUCAACCAAUGAGAUCAAGAACCUGCAGUACCUACCUCGGGCCAGCGAGCCUCGUGAGAUGCUGUUUGAUGACCGGACGCGUGCCCACGCUGACCACAUCGGACAGGGCUUUGAGAGGCAGACCACCGCCGCUGUAGGGGUGCUCAAGGCCGUGCGCUGUGGAGAGAGUGCGGAGCCCCCUCGCGUUACCAAAGACGUGAUCUGUUUCCAUGCUGGAGACUUCCCUAAUGUAGUCCAGAGGUUACAACUGGACCUGCACGAACCGCCUCUGUCCCAGUGUGUGCAGUGGGUGGACGAUGCUAAGCUGAACCAGCUGAGACGCGAGGGGAUCCGCUACGCCCGUAUCCAGCUGUACGACAACGACAUCUACUACAUCCCUCGUAGUGUGGUUCAUCAGUUCAAGACUGUCUCUGCUGUCUGCAGCCUGGCAUGGCACAUCCGCUUAAAACAAUACCACCAAGAGCCUCCGGCCGAGGAGGAGAGGAAGGUGGACGUGUCGACGCUACAAGUCAAACAGGAGGAGUUUGGGGAUGCCUUGAUGGGAGGGACCACAGCUCCUCUCACAGACCCCAAACCCCUCAAAGACAGACACACUGCCCACCCAGAGGUCAAAGUGGAACCUCAACCUGCGGAUAUAAGGCUGCCCAAGCCCUCUGUCACCUCACCCAUCACCCCCCUACCAGCUCCCAUCACCCCCCUACCAGCUCCCAUCACCCCCCUACCAGCUCCCAUCACCCCCCUACCAGCUCCCAUCACCCCCCUACCAGCUCCCAUCACCCCCCUAACUCCCUACAAAUCGUCUUUCCAGGACACCAAGCCCAAAUCACAUCCAUCAUCCCCACUACUACCACCACUAUCAUCACUCAGAAUCACAUCAAACCACUACCACACACUCUUCCUUGUCUUCCUCACUCAAACCCUCCCCCACCUCCACCCCCUCAUCCUCUCCCAAACCCAGUCCGUCAUCCUCACGUACCCCCUCUCCCAAAUCUAGCCCCACUUCUACACACUCUCCCUCCUUCAAACCCAGCCCGGCUUCCACUCGUACCCCCAGUCACUCUCUCUCACACAAACCCUGCCACACCCCUACCCUUACCCACACCCCUACCCCUACCCUUACCCACACCCCUAUCCCUACCCUUACCCACACCCCUACCCCUACCCUUACCCACACCCCUAUCCCUACCCUUACCCACACCCCUACCCCUACCCUUACCCACACCCCUAUCCCUACCCUUACCCACACCCCUACCCCCUUUUUGACGCCCUCCCCUGCACCCCUUCUAUCUUCUUCAAGCCUGGCCUCCAGCCACACAGAGAGCAGGAUCCCUACACCCCAGUUCCGACCCCAACCCCAGCCCAGACCGGACAAACCCCGGCCGGACAAACCCAAGGACAAAGACACUUCUCUUUACCCAAAGGCCCCAGUCACCCC